AACCACAUAUGGGUGAUUUCAAAUAGUAUUUUUGAUUUUCAUAAACAAUUAUCACUUAUCAUUUAUCAACCUCUUUAUUAAACGAUAUCGCCACUUGAAAUGAGUAAGUACGUUUUUGACUGACACAUUGUCAAUCAGAUGAACAAUAAAUUGACUUCGUUAUUGUUUAGCUAUUGUAUCUUGACGAUUAUAUUUAGCUAAAAUUUAUAUUUACUAAUGUAUAAGAAAACGCUCUAAAAUGUCAUCUUUACUCGAAUAUUGUGGCAAUUUUCCGUUUUUGGAGGCAGUACGUGACAAACACGUAUACUGCUAAUCUUACCUACUGUUCCCACUUUUGACUAUUAAACCUAUUUAUCUGAGGAUCCCACAGACUUGUUCUAACUAAUUUCAAAUAAUUAUACCUUAUGGUAACAAGUUUCGUGAAAUUUAUUUUAUUCACUACAUCACCCUACCACCUGUAUUAUUAAUUCCAUGGAUUUAUUUACGAUUAUUUUGUUACUUCAUUAAUACUACUUUGUUACUACAUGUCACACGGAAGUUUAAAUACAAAUUCAAACAUCAUCCUGUGUGCAAGAUUACGACAUUUUUACGUCGUCCGCACUUUUUGUCCGACCCCUGCUGCUGCAUUAAUGUGUAGUCUAAAUCCAAACGGCACCUUAACAUGUCCCCUUUCUGACAGAUUAUCCUGUCAAUAAAAUUGUUUAACACAAAAUAUCUACAUAGGUUUCUUCAAUGUGAGAUAAUAAUAAGAUAAGUAUACGGCCCUAGAUAGCUCAGCUAUCUCGUUUUAUCGAGUGUUAUAUCUCACUCGCACACUGCCCUCUCGCUCGAUACGCCAGUGUCAGUUUUGUCGUCGCUGUGAUACUACGUUUGUCGACCGGUGUUAAAAAUAUUUUAUCCGUUUGUCUUAAGAAAGUACUACAUUUUUUAAUAAUAAUCCAAUGAAGGAGGAGAAUGAGGAACUGGUCGUCCAUUCAGAGCGUUAUUCAUUAAUGGAAGACCAAGACUGGAGAACCAGAGGAGGCAGUAUUUGGAACCAUACUCAGGAGCGGGCAGCCACUAGAGUUAAGACUUCCAGAUGUCGCGCCACGACCUGCCAGCUGGUGCAGCUGGUGAAGUUCAUGGAAAAGCACCCGGAGCUGGCUGUGUCACACGCCAAACCGUUUCCUGGCAGUGAUGAGUUGUGGAUGGAACUCGCCGCGCAUAUCAACCAGUUUGGGCCGCCGAAGAACUACAAGCAGUGUAAGACAACAUGGCGAGACCUCCGAAAGCGCGCGUUCGCCAUGCAACGCAGCCGCAACAAGAAAGGCACUGGACGCAAUCUGUACGGGAUGGCGCCCAAAAUCGUGAGCCUUAUAACACAGGCCGGCAUGGCGCCUAAGUAUAAGAAGGAGGACGAGGAAGGUGGCGCCAGCUCCUCAAGACCGGAGACUCCACCGCCAGUACGAGAACCUUUACCAGAACCAGUACCAGGACCAGCUGCAGAUGAUGUCAAUCUUGACAAGACUAAAGGGGAACAACUUGUGAUCAGGGUAACGGACAAUAUGAACUCUAAAAGGAACGUUUUCAACACAUUCACAAUCAAUGAUGGCCAUUUUGAAAACAUCAUUGUCAAGGAGGAAAGGUUGGAAGGUGGAUACCAGCCUGAAGAACAGGAGAUGGAACCAACAGAAGCCGAGGUGGACGAGCCCCAUGACCAGGAAGAGAUGUUCCCGCAGCCUGAAGCCAUCUUGGGGGGCAUGGAUGAGGUGAUGGAGGAGAAGAAUUCCGUUAUCAGGGAUCUCAAUGACACACUGCGCAAGUUCCUAGCCGAAUACAAAACACGUAACGCUUUAAUGCGCGAGCGCAUUGAUCUAGAGCGAGCGCGUCUACAGUUUGACAUGGAAGUAUACAGGAGCCGACAAAUGGAAAAACGUGUUAUAGCAGUGAAUACUGCUAAUGCUGCUAAUGUCAUGAAUACUGCGAGUGCCGCUAACGUUAUUAAUGCAAAUGCAGCAAAUGUCAUGAAUGCUGCAAGUACUGCAAAUAUCAUGAAAGCUAAUACAGCUGUAACUACCAAUGCUAAAAAUGUUGGAAACGUUAGCAAUGUUAACACUAUAACUGUUGGUAAUGCUGGCAAUGUGAAAAAUGCUAAUGUUGUAACAGUGAACGCGGCAAAUGCUGGAAAUACUGCAAAGGCAACUAAAUCUCAUAAAGUUGUAAGUGCUGGAAAUACUUCUAAUGUCAUCACAGUUACCGCUACAAGUUCUAACGCAGCCAAUACUAGUAAAGCUAAUCCAAUGAUCACAGUAAACCCUACAAAUACUGCCAACACUGGAAACGCUAAUAAUAAUCGCCCUUCUAAUCCUGUCAUGACUCUGAAUCCAUUUAAAGCUGGAAAGUCUGGAAACGCCGGAAUCUCUGUUGAAAUUAAGAAUACUAGCAUUGAAAACGCUUCUAAUGUUGUUGCGAAUUCUCCAAAUGCUUCACACGUGAAAAAUCUCGUAAAUGCUAAUAUAGAAAGUGCUGCUAAAAUUGUUGAUGAUGUUAAUACCAAAACAGAAGAUGCUAUGGAUGAGACUUAGAUUUUAAUUGUAAGAAGAAUAACUAUCACAGCUACUUGAUAAGUUGUCUAAUGAAUAUUAGUAUUUUUAUUACGUAUAAAAAGUAAGUUAAGUAUUACGGAUGAAUUAGUACUAAGGAAAUUAAAGUUAUAUUAAAUC